AUGACGACUCAAGCAGACGAGCUCGAGAUCAGCCAGGACGGAGUCUUGAACUUCUGCUUACCAACAGAUACAACUAACAACAACGCCAGCUCUGUGCUAGCCUUGGCCAAAACGCAUGCAGUCUACGUUCCGGAUUUUCUCUUCUUUGGCGGCUCGUUCACGGACCGACCUGAGCGGACAGUGGAGUUUCAAAGUGAGUGUAUGGCUAGGGGACUGAGGAAACUCGGCGUGGAGAGGUGCACCUUGGUUGGGCUCAGCUAUGGCGGGAUGGUGGCGUUCAAAAUGGCUGAGAUGUACCCUGACUUGGUUGAAUCGAUGGUGGUGACUUGCUCAGUCAUGGCGUUAACGGAGUCUGUCAGCAAUGCUGCGCUUCAGAGAAUCGGUUUCUCUAGCUGGCCGGAUUACUUGCUUCCUAAAACGGCCGACGGUACGAAGACUCUCCUUGACAUCGCCACUUACAAUCUGCCAAGACUUCCCCAAUUCAUUUACAAAGAAAUUUUGGAGAUGAUUUCUAUCUACAGAAAGGAGAAAACUGAACUUCUAGAGGCUCUGGUUAUAAGUGAUAGGGAAUUUACUAUCCCUCAUUAUCCACAGAAGGUAUAUCUCUUGUGGGGUGAAAAUGAUUUGAUUUUCGAUAUGGAAACUGCACGGAAUUUGAAAGAUCAAGUUGGACAGAAAGCAACAUUGAAGGCAAUAGAGAAGGCAGGUCAUCUUGUUAACCUAGAACGACCAUGCGUUUACAACAGGGAGCUCAAGAGAAUUCUUGCCUCUGCUCAACAAAGCUAG